AGUCCCUCUGUGUUUCCCGCAGACACUCUGCACGAAGGCCACCAUGCAGACCGUGCGGGCCGCCGACACCAACGAAGUCGUGAAGCUGAUAUUUCGAGAGUCGGACAACGACCGGAAGGUCAUGCUGCAGCUGGAGAAGAAGCUCUUCAGCUACUUCAACCAGGAGGUUUUCCGAGACAACAACGGCACAGCGCUCUUGGAAUUCGACAAAGAGUUGUCCGUCUUCAAGGACAGGCUGUAUGAACUGGACAUCUCGUUCCCUCCCAGCUACCCGUACAGCGAGGACUCCAGCCGGGCCGCGCAGUACAUGAACACCCGGUGCCCCGCCUGGUGCGACCGCAUCCUCAUGUCCCCGUCCGCCAAGGAGCUGGUGCUGCGGUCGGAGAGCGAGGAGAAGGUCGUGACCUACGACCACAUCGGGCCUGACGUCUGCAUGGGAGACCACAAGCCCGUGUUCCUGGCCUUCCGCAUCACGCCCGGGGCAGGUAAACCUCACGCACAUGUGCGCAAGUGUUGUGUCGUGCAGUGACGUGGGAAGAGGUGCCAGCGCCACGAGAGGGCCCUCCGAGAGACCUCCCUGUAGCAGUGACCGAAGUGCGUGCUCUCAACAGCUGCAUCGAACCCGCGAGCGCCACCUGCUAGAAGGCCGGCCCCACACUUCGCUUCAGCCUCCGGACCAUUCCGGAAAAGCCUCACAUACCUCACUGUCUUGUCUGUUCGUGUGACAUCAGUAGAAAUAUUGGGUUUUUAAAAUAAGUCACAGUCCUGUUGCCAAAACUCUAAUAGACAGCAAGGAGAACCUGUAUCUCAGACUCCAGCGCCCAGCUCGUGUGAUUGUGGGCUUCUCCGCGGGCCGCGAGGCCCGCAGCCCUGCCCGGCGCGGGUGUGCCCAGGGCUGGGGGGCGGCGCUCCCUGGCAGAGCCGACGCCUCCCUGCGGUAUUUUCUCUGUGCCAUGCCACAUGGUUUUCGAAUCACACUGCAGCUGCUUCCCAUUUUUAUAAAUAUAAAUAUAUAUAAAUAUAUACUUUUUAAAAAUAAUUUAUAAAUCUUACCAAAACUUAUGCUAAAUAUCCUUUCCAGUAUGAAUGCACAAGGGCGUCACGUCGGCAGGUAGAAGCGGCGUCUAGGAGUUGGGCUCUGUCUGUCCACACAGGUGCAGAGCCAGUGUACCUGGCAGGGCCGACUGGCUAGGAGCCGGCCCACAGCACGUCCAUGCUAGCGGUCUGUUACUCCUAUGCCUUUCUCUGUGUCAUACUAAGAACUGAAUGUGAAGUUUAUAGCUAGCCUGGGUGUACCUUUUAAGAAUUUUGUAAACCGUCUGUCUUUUGUUACCGUUUUAUGGUGCCAAGUAUCCUACAUUUAAACAAUAAUAUCAUGGGAGAAAUAGAAAUAGCCUAGUCUGCUUCCAAUACAGAUUGCUUUUAACAUGGGCUGUAUAUAAAAAUAUUCAAGAGAAGCAAAACUGUACAUUUCCUUAGUUGCUCUGCUACAAACAACCUAAGUAAUAACCUUGUUGCAAAUAUUUUUCUCCUAGCACUAAGUACAGCAUUAAAAGGUGAUUAGAGAGUCUGUUGAGAAACACAAAUGUAUGUUUAUUGAUUUUACUUAGAACACUACAGAGUUCCUGGACUGGGUGAAGGCAUCAGAUGGAUGUUUGUUGUACAGAGGUCACUACCACUGCAGGUGAUGUGGUGUCCGCAGGCCGACUCUGCCUGAGGACGCAGUCGGUCUGUGCGGCCCUGCAGCCCCAGCAGGGCGUCUGUCCGGCGGGCGGGCUGGUGGCUGCCGGUCAUUCUGAAGGCCUUGGAAGUGUGACCCUCCGGUUCCUAAGCAAUAAAACCGAUCGUGGUGAAAACA